AAAGGCAUCGGCGAAGGUUCCGAUCCAGUCGGUACGCACACGCUUCUUCUCUUGUCCUCUGCAUUUUCUCUCUUCACACAAGCAACAGCGCAGCGUAGGUACGGGCGAGAAGAUGGAGUCCGACGGGAGGAAGGAGGGCGAGACGCCGGCGGCGGCCGCGGCGGCGCAGAGGGGCGCGGCGUCGUUGGGCGUGUCGGUGCAGGAGGGGCUGCAGCACGCCAAGGCCAGCGUGGUCGGCGCGGUGCAGAAGGCGAUGGCGGGGAGCGAGGAGGAGGCGGCGCAGGCGGACCUGCGCACGGCCAAGGCGCAGGUGGAGGCCACCGACGAGGCCGAGGCCAAGAAGAAGCACCUCGCAGGUUGAUCACGGCUUAGACUGCGUGCAAGAUUGCUAGGGCUGUAUGGAUUGCAUUUCGGUUAGGUUCUUGGUUUCUAGCUACCCUCUUUCCUCGAUCUGCUGUUUGAUUUUGUAAUAAAUUCCAGCUGAAGUUUGUUACGAUGUUAAGAGGUGCGGUUUAGUCUGCCUCUGUGAGACUAGUUUUGCAGUGCACGCGUGUCUCAAACUGUGUACUGAUCCACACCAAUGUCAGCAGGCAAUUUACUGUAUGUUAUGCGAA